AUGACUGAUCUAGAAAGUGAUGAUAGCCUUUUGUUAGAAUUUGAAGACGAUGAUAGUGAAAGUAUCAGUAAUAUUGAUGCUCCUACCGAUAGUAAAGCUACACAUCUAGAUUCCGAUUUUGCAAAUAUACCACCACAUAAUGUCGAUACAGAUGAUUCUGAAUUCGAUAUAGAUGAGAGUCAGUUUAGUGAAGAUGAUUUAGAGGAUGAUUACUUGGUUUUUCCCAUUAAGAAGACUACAAAGGAUUUGUUGGAUGAAGAUAGUUUACCUAGUUUGAAAUACGAAUGCUUGACCACUCAAGAAAUCUUCGAUAGCAUGAAAAGACGUGUGCAUCAUUUGCAGCCGGUUUUCUCACUACCACCACAGGAUAUUUUGAUCCUUAUGCAACGUUACGAUUGGAAUGAAGAGCGACUGUUAGAGGAAUGGACUGAAAAGAUGGAUAAUCUUUUGAUAGAAUCGGGUUUAAACACAUCAGGAGAAUCCGAUGGUCGUGGUGUUAAAAAUGGUAAGGAAUUUUUCUGCCCCAUAUGUUGUGAGGAAAUAUUGACGGAGACUUUUUCAUUAGAAUGUGGGCAUGAGUAUUGUAUUGAUUGUUACAGACAUUAUAUCAAGGAUAGACUUAACCAUGGUAAAAUCAUUACUUGCAUGGAUUGUUCUUUAGCUCUGAAAAAUGAAGAUAUUGAUCAGAUCAUGGGUGGUGCAUCAAGUGUUAAAUUGAUGGAUUCUUCUAUUAAAAGUUUUAUUAGAAAGCAUAGUAAUAGUUAUAAAUGGUGUCCCUACACAGAUUGUAAAUGUAUUAUCCAUUUGAAAGACACUUUAUCCUUACAGGAAUAUAGUCGACUGCAUGCAUCAAGAUUUGUUACUUGCAGUAUGGGUCACAGCUUUUGCUUUGGAUGUGGAUUUGAAAUACAUGCACCUGCCGAUUGUAGAGUUACAGAUCAGUGGGUCAAAAAGGCAAGAUUAGAGUGUGAAAAUUUGAAUUGGGUCCUUUCUCAUACGAAGGAAUGUCCUCGAUGCUCGGUUAAUAUUGAAAAGAAUGGUGGUUGUAACCACAUGGUUUGUUCCAGCUGUAGACAUGAAUUCUGUUGGAUAUGUGGAGGCGAUUGGGCACCUCAUGGUAGUAGUUUUUAUCAAUGUGCCAUCUACAAAAAUGAGGAUAAGAAUAAAUUAGUAGCAGACACCCCAAAGAAAACUUUACGAAGGUAUGCUUUCUUUUACAAGAUGUUUACAGAACAUGAGGUAUCUGCUAAAUUGGAUUGGAAAUUAGGUGAAACUGUUGGCUUUAAAGUUAAAGGUCUUCAGGAAAAGAUUGGAGUCUCUUGGAUUGAGGGCCAAUUUUUGACAGAAAGUUUAAAGACAUUAAAUGAGGGUCGUACCGCCCUCAAAUGGUCUUUUGCAGUAGCAUACUAUUCUGAUCCCUCGCAUAAUUUGACCAAAAUAUUUAUAGACAACCAAGGUCUGCUUUCCAAUGCUGUUGAAAGUUUGUCAGAAUUAUUACAAAUUAAGAGUCCGGAAGUUAUAAUGAAGAGAAGGACUGAAUUUUACAAUAAGGCUGGUUAUGUGAAGAAUAGGACUAAAGCCCUGUUGGAAUGUGGUAGAGAUUUGUUACGCAAGGGAAUAUCCAAGGCGAGGGAGUGA